UACUGUCCCGUCAAAUAUGAAAAACCUUAAUAUGAAAAAUAAGGUUUUGAUUGCUAUAAUUCGAGUUGUUCAUUUUACUCAUCUGUGUUGGCCAGCUGUAAGACCCGCCUUCUGCUUCUUCGUUUUCUUAUCUGAGGGGAGGAGGUGCAAUAAGCGCUCAGUUGAACUAUCGCCAUCUAGUGGUUGUUGAAGUUAAAGCCUAAACCAGAACCACUACGGCAAUUACACGAAAACUAAUAAAGAAUAAUAUCAUUGUAAAAACGUCAUCUGACAACCACCUAUUUGAAAUCACAUGUAUUUUUUUUUACAAAUAACUCAAUAAAUAUAAUUUUCCACGGGCCGUACCGCUUAGUUGAACUAAGGCCAAGCGUUUCUAUGGCAACGGAAAACAUUACCACAUAGGUUCUUCUUCACGCUCAUCCAUCUGUAAAGAAACUUUUUAAAAGUUUGUUUUUCUCUUAAAUAGACAAACCCUUUUUUUUCCUGAGAGUUAUCUGUGUACGGACGAUAAACACAGAAAGAAGAAAUGAGUGCCACUUCCUCCACCGCAUCUUUAAGACGACAACAUCGAUACCGCACAAGAGCCUCCUCCUCUCAGGUGGAUGAAAGCCUGUUUGGAAGCACCUCACAGAGGGCAUCACAGCCAGCCUCCAAGGUGAAGCAAGUCAAGGUAGUGCCAGUUGACAAGCGGACUAUUCAAAUUGUCACCAAAGAUCUCAUUCGCAAUCUCAGGGUUCCAUGUAAAGAUCCCUCUGGACAGUCCAUCAUUCUACCAUCAGCUGACUUUGAGCAAAUGACCUCAAGAUCCAAGCAUCUAUCCAAGGAAGAGGAAGCCUUGAAGGCAGCCGAUCAGAGCAGGAAAGAGGAGAUGAGUGCAGCCGAGGAAAGGAAACGUCAGAUGAUUGAGGCAGACAUGUCCCGUCAAGGGAAGCAGACUUUGAGCGAAGCAGAGAUGGAGGCCCAUGACCGCACGCAGUGCUUGCUGGAGAGGGCCAACGCCCUGAGAAUGGAACAGGAGGAGGAGAUUAAAGAACUUAACAAGGUGAUUCUGGGUGCUCAGUGCCAAGCCACGCGUGAUGCCCAGAUUCAGGAGAAGAGACAGAUCCAGCUGGAAAUCCUGGAGGAGCAGCAGCGUCUUGAUGCCAUGAUGGAAGUGGAGCGUCGCAGGCUUUUGGAGAAGAUGGAGCAGAUUGAUGAGCAGCACAAGCAAGAGAGGAUCCGUGGGAAGCAGCAAAUCUUUGAGCAGAUCCAGCAGCGUCUGGAAGAGAAGCUGGUGCAAGAAGAGCUGAAGGAGCAGGAGAAACAGUAUGUAAAAGAGGAGCAAGCCAGAAUGAACCUGCAGGACCUUAUGGCGCUGCAGAAGAAGAGACAGGAACAACAGCUUCUGCAUCAAGAGGUCAUACGCAUCAAUGCUGAGACUUUGAGGGCGCAGGAGCAGAGGAGGGAGGAGGAGAAGCUGGCAGAUAUGAGAGAAAUGGAAUUCAUCAAAACCAAACUGCAACGUGAGGCCGAGUACGAAGCAGAGCAGAGGAAGCUCAAGAAGGAGAAGGAAUUGGAGAUCGCCAGGCUGCGGGCUCAGCAGGAGCGAGCCAGAGACCACAAGGCAGACCAGGAUGAGCUGCAAGCAAGGAGGAACCAAGAAAUGGCGGACAGAGAAUGGAGGAGGAAACAGAAGGAGCUGGCUGCCAAGAAGAUACAGGAGGAGGCCACGCUGAGGGCUGCUCGCUUGGAGCAAGUUCAGCGCAAAGAGCACCUUCUGUCCAUGGAGGCCGGCCGAGAGAAAGCAGAGUUUGAGAGGGUCCUUAAGGUGCAACAGGAAGCCAGCGUCAAACAGAAGGAAGAGGACCAGAAGCAGCGCCAGAGAGCGCUCCACCACGCGGAGGCCAUCAGGAAACAGGUGCAGGAGAUGGCGCAGUUGGCCAUGGCCGAGCGAGCACAAAGCUUCAAGGAGGCAGAGAAAGUCAGCAGGGAGGCCCAGCAGAGACGCAACCGCAUCAACGAGAUCAAACAGAGGAAGCUGAAAGAGCUCAAGGCGUCUGGGCUCAGUGACAAAUACUGCAGUGAAGUGGAAAGGAAGACCUGGGUGCUUUGAUUCCCUCAUGGUGCCCGUAUCGGUAUCGGACUGCCUGCGUGGAUCCGAGGGGGCAGGAGUGUCCAAAAUGCGGCCUACAUUCUUUUAGAAUUCUUUGAAUCACACAAACAAUUUAACAAAAAAACAUUUGUCAUGAAACUAUACAUAUACAAUUAUUCAAUUAUAAAUCAUUCUCAAUCAGUCAUGAUGUGCUAUAUAUAUAUCACUAUAUUGACAGUUACUAUG